AAUUCUUUCAAAACUCCCGCCAACAGGCAAGCAUGACUGGCAGAGAUAUUCCCGCUGGCAGCUAGCGUGUCAGGUCCAUCGGGAGUGUCGCGUCAGGCAAAACCAGAUCACUUAAAAGACCGCAUCGCUUUACGCGUGUGCUUGUUUGCGGUUUUUUGUAGAUUUUUUUCGCCAGCACAAUGAGCCGCUGAUCGAGUGGAGUAUGGUGCAUUCUGUAGCGUGACGUCUCGUUCAGUCGGUUCAAUCGUUGCCGCGUUGAGCCGCCAUGGAGAGGCAGCAUAUAGAUCAGGAUCUCACCAUGCGGCGUAUGGAGGCAGCGCUGUUCGGCAACUUGGAAAUAUUAGGUUUUCACAGGGACCGCGUAGCAGUUAAUAUUCGCCUGACUCCCAAUAUGUUUCAAAUCUCUAACCUCAACGCCGGCAACGUUAUACUACACUUCCUGCUCACGCGAUUACUUCCUGCAAGCAGGAUCACAUGGAUUUUCCCGCCAAAGAAGACAUGCCUGUCGCAAAUGCGCAAGACGGUGAUAGAGGUGCUCCGGGAGCUGGAGGCGAAGGGAUGCAUCCCGCCCCAUAGCGCGCGCAACACGACCAUCACUGCUGCCACGGGCCCCAGGAUGGUGGAGCUCCUGUACUACCUCUCCUCCCACGCCCUGGCCGUGUUUCUCGCAAGGAAGGCGGGCGGCACGGGGGAGGAAGCACCUCCUGUGCACCGCCACGUCAGCACCAAGUCCGAGCUCGUAGCAAUGCACCGAACGCACUUGGGCACCGUGGCGCGGUUGGCAGGCGAGCUGCACGCGAGGCAGCAGCAGCUGCUGGACUCACGCGACUGGCAGACGGAGCAGGCUGCCCAGCUGAAAAGAACCAUCCGCAGCCUAGAGCUUCUCACUCCGUCCCGUCCGUGUGCAUGUCCCAUGUGAGCUUGGCGUCAGGGUCAGCAGCGCGGCCAGCCAUGCAAGAUGGCACACGAGAGGCCCCAUCCCCAUCCCUAUCCCCAUCUUCAUCAGCACUGGCAUCAGCAUCAGCAGCAGUGCCCGUGUUGGAGACAGAGGCUCUCAAGGCCGUGGACAGGCAACUGCGCCAGCUUUCUG